GGUUGAAUUAGCUGCCGUUGCAAUAACUACAAAUUAAGGUUUCUCCUUUUGUAUUUAUAGCCGCAAAAUGGGUCGCAACAAGGCCAAUAACAAGAAGGGAGCGGGAGCAGCUGCGAGCGCUGGAGCUGGAGCUGGAGCAGCCAAAGCAUCAGCAAAGCCGGCACUCAACAAAUCCAAAAAGUCCAAGAAUGUGUUCAAAGUGAACAACAACAAGGGCAAGAAGAAGCCCAAGGAAGUUCAGGGCAAACUAAAACAGCUCAAGGAGACCGUAAAGGCCAAGCAGGAGAAGGUGGAUGCUACGCUGAAGGAUCUGCACAAGGAUUUGGUCGUCAAGAAGCCAAAGCCAACAGUGACGCCCAUAAGGAACAGCAAAAAGCCAGCGGCCAAUGCCACCAAGGUGACCGAUACACUGGGCAAGCUCAAGUUCUGAGAAGCACCCGGGGCCAAAUAAUUACAAUCUGUUAAUUUUGAUAGUUCAAAGGUUAUACAAAUAUAUAUUAGAUAUAUUGACAACAAA